AUGGCUACUGUCGACGAAGAGUCCGUACCAGGAGCAUUCGAGGAAGAUGCAGCAGAGACCGAUCCGCAACCAACGCCAACCACUGCGCCUGACGACUCUGGAUCUGUCCCUGUCGACCAAUAUCCUGGCUGGGCAUAUCCUACACGCAUGUGCCGAAUAUGUAGGGAAGAUGUGGUGCCCAAAGUCACUAUGUAUCCUCCCGGCAUACCUCUGAGAUAUCAAAGACCAGUGGCAGAAUACAGCAAUGAUGACGAGUAUGGGCGACUCAUCCGGCCGUGCAAGUGUCAGGGAUCAAUGCGAUACAUACACGAGCUGUGUCUACAGCGAUCAAGAACAGAGGGAGUGCGCCCAGGGUCGUUAUGGAAGUGUCCAACUUGCGGCUAUCAAUUCAACUUCCAGAAGCUCUCAUUCCAGCGCUAUCUCGGCAACAAGCUCUUUGCCAGCGUGCUUACCGUGUUUGUCAUGAUCCUCUUCAUGUUUCUCCUGGGGUUUGUCGCCGAUCCUAUCAUCAAUCUGUAUGUUGACCCCUACGACACAAUCGUUGGCAACGAGCCAUACUGGUCGGAGGUCGACGUCAUGACACGCUCAAGCAGCAUCUCUGGAUGGAGCCUUCAUUUCACAAAAGGCAUGAUCUCCAUGGGCUUGGUCGGGUUCAUUAAGACGAUGUUACUGAACCCUUUCAACUACCUCAACAUAAGGCAGACGGGCUUCGCUGGUACACGCAGAGCAGGCGCCGCGACCACUGGCCGUGAUCGAGCCGUUAAUGUCAGCUGGAUCGCGGUCGUCAUUGGCAUAACCUCAGCAUUUUACUUCUUCUACAAAUGGGUGCAAACAAUCAUCAAGCACACCCUGCAAAGAAUUGGUAACCAUGUCGUUGAUACGUCGCUGCCUGGCGACGAUGACGACCUGAAACCGCCACCUGAUUGGCAGAAGCCCAAAGACACGGCAAGAAGUCAGGACGAUCUUGUGGCCGAGGCCUUAUUCGGCAGUGAUACUGCUGCGAGUCCUGCCAACCCUCCUGUACCAGACACAUCUGACGUUAAGACUGAAACUGAACAAGAGGCUGGAACAGUGGCAGACGGCUUCGGAGAGGAUCUUGGGAAUGGUUCCACGAGAUCUGCUGAUCAUGGCCUAAGCAGUGCCCUCGAACAAGACUGGUCCUUCGUCGGCAUACCUCGCCAGCGCUAG